AUGCAGCUCGCACCCAAGGAGGUCGACAAGCUCCUGAUCUCCCAGCUUGGCUUGCUGGCACAGCGCCGUCUAGCCCGGGGCGUCAAGCUGAACCAUGCAGAAGCUACCGCCCUCAUAGCGAACAACCUUCAGGAACUCGUCCGCGAUGGCAGACACACGGUCGCCGACCUCAUGGCCAUUGGCAAGACCAUGCUGGGUCGCCGCCACGUCCUCCCAUCCGUCGUAAACUCUCUCUCCGAGCUCCAGAUCGAGGGCACCUUCCCCACCGGCACAUACCUCGUCACCGUCCACCACCCCAUCAGUACAGAAGAUGGCGAUCUCGAGAAGGCCCUGUACGGCAGUUUCCUGCCCGUCCCCAGCCUGGACGCGUUCCCGUCGUGGGACCCGAGCGUGUACGAAUCGAAGAAGCAGCCCGGCGCCGUCGUACCAGUCAAGGGCAGAAUCGUCCUGAACGAGGGGAGGAAGAGGAUCAGAUUGAAGGUCACGAGCAAGGGUGACAGACCCAUCCAGGUCGGCUCGCACUACCACUUCGUCGAGACGAACCCGUUCCUGGAGUUCGACCGCGUCAGAGCUCACGGCUUCCGUCUCGAUAUCCCCGCCGGUACAUCUGUGAGGUUUGAGCCCGGCGACACCAAAACCGUCACGCUUGUCCAGAUCGAUGGCCACCAGGUCAUCAAGGGUGGGAACAACUUGGCGUCUGGCCAUAUCAAGGAUUUCUCGAUAGCAGAAGGCUUGGUGGAGCGGCUGCAGGCUGGUGGCUUCCUGCAUGUGCCGGAGCCUGUGGGAGAUGCGGCCCACAUUGACAUGGCUUCGAUGGACCGGGCCGCCUACGCGACCAUGUUUGGGCCCACGACCGGGGACCUCGUCCGCCUGGGUGCUACCGACCUUUGGAUUCAAGUCGAGAAAGACAUGACCCAGUACGGUGAUGAGUGCUCCUUUGGCGGUGGUAAAUCGCUGCGCGAGGGAAUGGGUCAAGCAGGAGGUCGUGGGGAUAGCGAAUCUUUGGACACCGUCAUCACCAAUGCUUUGAUCGUGGACUGGUCUGGUAUCUACAAGGCUGAUAUUGGUAUCAAAAACGGCCACAUUGUAGGCACUGGCAAGGCCGGCAACCCGGACGUCAUGAAGGGGGUUCACCCCAACCUCGUCAUUGGCUCUUGCACGGACGUUAUCGCUGGCGAAGGCAAGAUCAUCACUGCUGGAGGUUUUGAUACGCACAUCCAUUUCAUCUGCCCGCAACAAGCAUACGAAGCUGUUGCUUCUGGUAUCACAAGUAUGCUGGGUGGAGGAACUGGCCCGAGCACGGGGACGAACGCCACAACUUGUACGCCGGGCAAGACCCAUAUUCGCCAGAUGCUCCAAGCUUGCGACGGCUUACCGGUAAAUUACGGUAUCACUGGUAAGGGUAACGACUCAGAAUUGCUACCACUGCGGGAGCAGUGUGAAGCUGGUGUGGUCGGUUUGAAGCUUCACGAAGAUUGGGGAAGCACGCCGGCAGCGAUUGAUGCUUGCUUGACUGUUUGCGAUGAAUACGAUGUUCAGACACUAAUCCACACGGACACAUUGAACGAAUCUGGUUUCGUUGAACAAACGGUCAAGGCCUUCAAGGGCCGUGCCAUCCACACCUAUCACACUGAAGGUGCUGGUGGUGGCCAUGCCCCGGAUAUCAUCUCGGUGGUCGAGCUCAACAAUGUCUUGCCCAGCAGUACUAACCCGACUCGGCCCUACACGCGCAACACGCUGGAUGAGCAUCUGGACAUGUUGAUGGUCUGCCAUCAUCUUUCGCACAACAUCCCCGAGGACGUCGCUUUCGCCGAGUCGCGCAUCCGCGCCGAGACGAUUGCAGCAGAGGACGUCCUGCACGACCUCGGCGCCAUCAGCAUGAUGUCGUCGGACUCGCAAGCCAUGGGCCGCUGCGGCGAGGUGAUUACACGCACCUGGCACACGGCGCACAAGAACAAGGUGCAGCGCGGGCAGCUCGCCGAAGACCAAGGCACGCGCGCGGACAACUUCCGGGUCAAGCGGUACGUGUCCAAGUACACGAUCAACCCGGCCAUCGCGCAAGGCAUGGGCCACCUCAUCGGCAGCGUCGAGCCGGGAAAGCUGGCGGAUCUGGUCGUGUGGGAGCCCGCCAACUUUGGCGCCAAGCCGAAGCUCGUCAUCAAGAGCGGCAUGAUCUCGUACGCGCAGAUGGGCGACCCCAACGCGUCGAUCCCCACCGUCGAGCCCGUCGUCAUGAGGCCCAUGUUUGCGCCCCUCGUGCCCAGCACGAGCGUCACGUUCGUCAGUCAGGCGGCCAUCGAUAGCGGUGUCGUGAAGGGAUACGGAUUGAAGAAGCGCGUCGAGCCGGUCAAGGGGUGCCGGACGGUGGGCAAGAAGGACAUGAAGUUCAACGAUGCGAUGCCGAAGAUGAAGGUCGACCCGGAGAGGUAUACGGUUGAGGCGGAUGGGGAGUUGUGCACGGCGGAGCCGGCGGAGGUGUUGCCGUUGGCGCAGGCGUAUUUCGUGUACUGA